AGCGCUCCGAGGCUUACAAUCACUGCUAGCAGGUGCUUGUGUAGGAAAAUCAGUCUUCUCAUCAGCUCUCACUGCAGAUCCACUCAGUUCCUGGACUCCGGCAUCUGCUUUUGUUUCGAGUCGCCGACGCAUCUGCAGUCCUCUCUCCGACGGAUCGCUGGCCACCCGGUUCCUGCUUCUGUCUCCUGAAAUCAUGUCUCUGGUAAGCCAGAAUGCCCGCCGUGGCAGCGCAGACACCGCUGCUGAUUCCAGCGACCUCCGGGAUGACAUGCAGGCUCCUAACACUUCUGGACCCCCUACCUCCAUGCUAGUCCCUGACGCCCGCCAGGGCCUUGGAGGCCCUCAGGUCCCAAUCUACCCCCAGGGUGGCAGGGAUUCCCAGGCCGCGUCGGACCCGAAUGAUCUCGAGGUCCUGAUCGAUGAGCAGUCCCGACGUUUGGGGGCGCUCAGGUUCCAUGACCCUCUAGAAGACAGGUCGAUGGCUCUGGUGAAUUUCAUGCGAAUGAAAAGCCAAACCGAGGGAUCCAUCCAGCAGACAGAGAUGCUGGAAUUCCUCAGAGAAUACUCAGAUCAGUUCCCUGAAAUCCUCAGACGAGCCUCAGCCCACCUGGAUCAGGUCUUCGGGUUGAACCUGAGAGUUCUUGACCCCCAGACGCACACCUAUAACCUGAUUAGCAAACGGGAUCCCCAGACCACAGGUCAGAUGGUAGAGUCCUUGGACAUACCCAAGGCAGGUCUCCUGGCGUUGGUCCUGGGCCAUAUCCUCCUGAAUGGCAACAGGGCAAGAGAGGCCUCCAUUUGGGACCUUCUGUUAAAGGUUAAUAUGUUGAAUGAGUCCCAGAGGAUCAACAGUCACUUUGGGAACACAAGGAACCUCCUUACUACUGACUUUGUGCGCAUGCGGUUCCUGGAGUACUGGCCAGUGUAUGGCACUAAUCCCCUCGAAUUUGAGUUCUUGUGGGGCUCUAGAGCCCAUAAGGAAAUCACAAAGAUGGAAGCCCUGAAAUUUGUGGCAGAAGCCCAUGAUGAAGAACCCUGGAGCUGGCUAGAGGAAUAUAACAAGGCUAUGGAAGCUGACAAGGCCAAAGAAAGAAGCCAGGUUGCUGGCUUAGAGUUCUGGUCAGAGGACACUAUGAAUGAUAAGGCAAAUGAUUUGGUCCAGCUAGCCAUUAAUGUCACAGAGGAACUUCUGCCUAUACAUCAGGAUGAGCUAUUGGCUCAUACUGGCAAAGAAUUUGAGGACGUGUUCCCAAAUAUCCUCAGCCGAGCUACUCUAAUCCUCGAUCUGUUCUAUGGGUUCUCUCUGAUUGAGGUUGAUACCAGUGAGCACAUCUACCUCCUUGUUCAGCAACCAGAAUCAGAAGAAGAGCAAGUAAUGCUAGAGAGCCUGGGGAGACCUACUCAAGAAUACGUGAUGCCAAUCCUGGGUUUAAUCUUCCUGAUGGGCAACCGUGUCAAAGAGGCCAAUGUCUGGAACUUGCUUUGUAGAUUUGGAGUGGAUGUAGGGAGAAAGCAUGCCAUCACCUGUAAGCUUAUGAGGCAGCGCUAUCUGGAAUGCAGGCCGCUGUCUUACUCUAAUCCUGUUGAAUAUGAGCUUCUGUGGGGUCCCCGAGCUCACCUUGAAACCACCAAAAUGAAAGCUUUGGAGUAUAUGGCCAGGCUCUACAGAAAGCGACCACAGGACUGGCCCGAGCAAUAUAGGGAGGCUGUUGAAGAUGAGGAGGUCAGAGCCAGAUCUGAGGCAAAUGCCAUGUUCUUCUUUGACCCUGUGUGAAAUCUGGUGAAGAUGUAUAACUUCAAUCAGGUGGUGUCAUUUAAAGGGGCCCUGGGGAAAUAAAAAAAAUUUUUUUUGGGGGGGGGAAUGGGCACUGGAGCCCAAAAUAAAAAAUUGGGUAGGAUUGGGGAGUGCAAAUAGUCCUUGCUAUUUGUGUUGCUGUGUUCCAGUUCUAGUAGUAUUUCCUUCCUUUUAAUAUACCCCUGAAUUAGGUUUAUGAUCAGUGUUUAUAAAUGAAAUUGCUCAUUUACUAUUUCUGUCUUGUUUUAGUACAAAAAUUCAGAUAGCUGUGUAAAAUGUACUUACUUCUUCUUCUGUGAUAUAAAAAAAUGGAGGAGAAUAUAUAUUUGUUGCUUGAUAGUUUGAAAUAAUCCAUAAAAUGAUAUGGCUACAGGAGUAAAAUAACAACACACAUAUACCAAAAACAAAUAAACACAAAACCCAUAGAUCUGUUGUUGCCCUCCUUUUAUGUCCAGUGUUGUAUGUAAAAAAAGGACUGACAUUUACCUGUAGUCACUUUGCUGUUCCAGAGUCUAGUGAAAAAUAAAAGCAUAAUGAAUUAGAAGCUAUGCUUAAGCACUCAUUUAUUUAACAAGCAUUAUUAAGCAUCUGCCAUGCUCUGAGCAGUGUUAU